AUGGCUGAUAAUACCGGUGUCGGUACCGGUGCUCUUGUUUUGCGAGACGUGUCAUGGCUCGUGAACUUCAUGGCCCAUAUUGGCCCGGCCUAUAAGCCGUACGAUAAGUAUAUUAACCCGCGUGAGAGUCGAACGGUUACCUACCUGGCCCUGGGAGAGGGUUAUUAUAACUAUCACCACACGUUCCCCGGAGACCACUCGGCCUUCGAGUACGGGUGGAAAGACAACUGGAAUAUAGCGACGGCUUUCAUAGAUAUGUUUGGAUUGAAUGGGCGCAUAUUCGCCGCAUUUGGCAUAUUAUGCGGCGCCCACCGCCUCUGGUCUCACCGCUCAUACAAAGCCAAAUGGCAACUCCGGGUGCUGUUGGCCGGCCUACAGACCCUCGCCCUACAGAACUCAAUAUACGAGUGGUGU